UGGUCUUCCAUCGCGUGAUUCGCCAUCCUGGUUUAACCUGAUCGCCGCUUUUAAAAACUUAUAGUCCCAAUGAGGUGACGAGGUAUCGAAGCCGCGAGUUAAAAAAAUCACUCGGAUUUUCGUGUGAAGCGGCUUGUUCUGCGUGCAAACAUGUGUCCUUUUUGUUUCUAAUGAAUCUGUUUACCGUGCGUGAAAAUGGCCCAGGAGACUGAUGAUAUCAACUUGACUCCUCAAGAAUUACAGAUACUAUCUGAAUUAGACAGCCGGCAGUUUGGAUUCUUGAAACUGAAUUCACAAGAACAAUCAAAGAAGAAAGCUUUAGUCGUUCGUGCAAUCAAGUAUCUGGAAAGGAUGUUGGUUCAAGCGCAGGCUGAAAAACAACGCAGAAAAGCUGAUAGUACCAAAAUGAAUGCUGAUGAAUUAAAAGAGGAUGAAGAGGACAAAGGAAUCAGUAUUGAUCCUAAAACAUAUUGCAAAUUAGGACAUUUUCAUUUACUUUUAGAAGAUUAUAGUAAAGCCAUGUCAGCGUAUCAAAAAUUUUAUUCUCUGAAAGGGGACUAUUGGAAAGAUGCCUCAUUUUUGUAUGGUCAAGGGCUUGUCUAUUAUCAUUUCAACGCCUUUCAAUGGGCCGUGAAGGCAUUCCAGCAGGUGCUGUGGGUGGAACCUGGUUUUCCACGGGCCUGCGAGGUUCACCUACGGCUCGGCUUGAUGCUGAAGGUCCACGCUGACUUUGACGCCGCCCUCAAGCACCUGACGCUCGCUCUGAUCGAUGCCACGACACCUGCUUCCUUCUCAAAGCUUGAAAUAAAAUUUCACAUAGCCCAUCUGUACGAGGUACAAGGAAAGUACAGGCUAGCCAAAGAGCACUACGAGUCGCUGCUCAAAGAGAAGACUCUGCCCUCCCAUUUGAAGGCUGACAUUUGCCGCCAAUUAGGAUGGAUGUACCAUGUCAUUGACUGUACUAUAUUGGGCAUAACUAGACAGCAGAAGCAAGCGAUUGCUAUUCACUGUCUUCAAAAGUCUAUCGAGGCAGAACCGAAGAGCGGCCAAAGCCUUUAUCUGCUGGGACGUUGCCUUGCUGCUUCUGGAAAAGUUCAUGAUGCAUUUAUUGCUUAUAGAAAUUCUGUGGAAAAGUCAGAAGGAAACGCUGACACGUGGUGCAGCAUAGGCGUUUUAUACCAGCAGCAGAACCAGCCUAUGGAUGCUCUGCAAGCUUAUAUAUGCGCAGUACAGUUAGAUAAAUCACAUUCGGCUGCGUGGACUAAUCUCGGCAUUUUGUACGAAAGCGUUAGCCAGCCUAAAGACGCACUAGCUUGUUACGUCAACGCAUCCAGAGGUAACAACAACACACCGACUUGCACAGGCUCACUGGCCGGCUUGGGUGGCGCUAAGUCUGGUGGUAACACCCCGAUGAACCCAUCCCUUCAACAGAGGAUAAACUUCCUGCAGAGUCACUUGAGCCAAGCACCGAUGCCUUCCGUCGCCACCAAGAGGCGGCAAUUGCCGUCUAUAGAAGAGGCUUGGAACUUACCCAUCAGCGCUGAGAUGUCUAGCAGGCAACAGCAACAACAACAACCACCAAGUGGCCCAGGCUACAAAUAUGGUACCACACCUUCUGGUCCGCCACCUCCUUAUCCACAGGGGCAAGGACAGAAUCUUAACACAAAAAGAUUCAAACCCGGAGAAGAGCCAGUUUCACCGGGUGCACCGCAAAGGCCACCACCAUUUUACCUUUCAUCGCAACAACUACAGAUGCUACAGUUCCUCCAACAAAAUCAUGGAAGUUUAACGCCACAGCAACAGGGUCUGCUGGCUCAGUUGCAGCAUCAAUAUAGAUCUAUGCAGCAACACCAGCAGCAGCUUAGGAUACAGCAACAGCAAGCUGCACAAAGAGGUUUGAGGCCUGGACAGCCCGGUUACCCCACUGGAUAUAAUCAUGCACAGUUGGCCCAGCCGGGUGUUAUUAAAAAUUAUGGAAUACCUCAACAGCCAUUGCAACAAGGUGGAACUGUUGCACUGCAGACAGGAUUCUCGGAAUCGAACGUCGGUUACAACACGGCGGCGACCGGGAAUAGCCAGACACCGGGAAUGCCUUACAAGUCCGCCUCUGACCCGAAUUUCCCGCAACGACAAAUGGCGCCCGGUGGCCAGUUCAACCAAUACCAGCCCAAUCAGUACACCGCCCAGGGUUACACUCAGAUUUCAUCGACAACGAGCAACUAUCCCGAGGGAUCCGCCGGGAACAAAGACUUGGGUGUCACGGACCAAGAACUACAGGCGCUGUUAUCGCAGAAGGAUAUCGCGACAUCGCUGGCGGAAGAUCUGUUGAAGCAUUUCGGUUCCGAGGACCUGGACGUGAAAGAGGAGUCACCGAGUAUCAUGAAUAAUGGUACUCUAAGCUCGGGUCCGUUCUCACCGUCCAACUUGGAAGAGAGCAACGAGAAGAUCAAAGAGGUGAAACUGGAGAAGGUGGACGACACGCAGCCGUCGUCCACGUCGAAAUUGGAAACGUACGAGAAGAGUAACGCGAAGACACCGUCCACGGUGGAGACCGUGAAAUGCGAGGCAACGUCCAGUACAAAUAAAAUCGAAUCCGUUGCCCGGGUCGAGCCGGUGCUCAAGUUGGAAAGCUUGUGCGAAUCACAGCCCGAGCAGAAACUAAGUAUAGACAUGGACGCGAAGACAAUUAUCGAGGCGUGCAAGGGCCAGGGACUGAAAGGCGUGCCGAAUUGUUCCAUUCUCAGCGAUCGUUCGCCACCGCCAGCGCCACCGGAUCCACCGAACCAGAGGCUAACCAAGGAACAACUUUUGCCACAAACACCUAGCGUUUACUUAGAGAAUAAGAAGGACGCGUUUGGUCCACAGUUGCAGGAGUUCUGUCUGAAGCACCCGAUAGCUGUGAUUCGAGGCCUGGCAGCCGCUCUGAAGCUGGACCUAGGACUGUUUUCGACGAAAACACUAGUGGAGGCCAAUCCUGAUCACGGCAUCGAGGUUAGGACGCAAAUGCAGCAAACUAGCGACGAAAAUUGGGAUCCUGUGAUGAGUAGAAAAGUUUGGGGAUGCAUAAGUCACAGGAGCCACACGACCAUUGCGAAGUACGCACAAUACCAAGCUUCGAGCUUUCAGGAAAGCUUGAAGGAAGAGAGAGAGAAGGCUCAAGGUAUACACACCUCUAAUCUAUCCGACUCGGACUCCAAGGACAGCACUGGUGCUGUCAGGAGGAAGAAAAACGCGUUCGGAUUGGCUGGUCGACCCGGCGCGAAAAUGUUGCGAUUUGGGACCAAUGUAGACUUGUCGGAUGAGAGGAAAUGGAAGCCUCAGCUUCAAGAGCUGAUGAAGUUGCCAGCGUUUGCAAGGGUUGUGUCGGCCGGAAAUAUGCUCAGCCAUGUUGGCCACGUUAUUUUGGGAAUGAAUACUGUUCAGUUGUACAUGAAGGUGCCUGGUAGUAGGACACCUGGUCAUCAGGAGAACAACAACUUUUGUUCCAUUAAUAUCAACAUUGGACCAGGAGAGUGUGAAUGGUUUGCAGUACCUGACGCAUAUUGGGGCGUGAUUUGUGCUCUUUGCGAGAGAAAUAAUAUUAAUUACCUUCAUGGCAGUUGGUGGCCUUCUUUAGAAGAUCUGUACGAGGAAAAUAUUCCCGUGUACAGGUUUCUACAAAGGCCGGGUGAUCUCGUCUGGGUUAAUGCAGGUUGUGUACAUUGGGUACAAGCUGUUGGGUGGUGUAAUAACAUCGCUUGGAAUGUGGGUCCUUUAACGGCUCGUCAAUAUCAAUUGGCAAUUGAACGUUAUGAAUGGAAUAAAUUACAGUCGUUCAAGUCCAUUGUACCAAUGGUGCACUUGUCUUGGAACUUAGCCCGUAAUAUCAAAGUGUCGGAUCCCAGACUGUUCGAAUUGAUUAAAAAUUGCCUCUUAAGGACAAUGAGACAGUGUUGCUUGAUAUUAGAAUUUGUGAAAAGUAAAGGUGUAGAAGUUCGGUUUCAUGGACGAGGAAAGAAUGAAGCGUCACAUUACUGUGGACAAUGUGAGAUCGAAGUGUUCAACAUCCUGUUCAUAAGGGAGCAAGAGAAGCGACACGUAGUGCACUGUAUGGACUGUGCAAGGAAACAAUCUCCAUCCCUGGAAGGAUUCGUUUGCCUAGAAGAGUACAGAAUGCGCGAUUUAAUGGACGUUUACGACGGAUUUACUCUACACACGUCUAUGUCUACUCCCACGUCCGCUCAGUCUGGCCAAUCCUCCUGAGGUUACA